AUGGAGAACCUCACCUACAACAGUCCCACCCUGCAGCUGGAGGGCUUGAAGGUUGCAGAUUACUCAGUGCACUUUAUCUUUUUCCUGUUUCUGUUUUCCUACGUCAUAUUUAUGAUUAUGAAUCUGGGUAUUUUAAUAAUCAUUGUCUUUGAAAAGAAGCUUCAUCAGCCCAUGUAUCUGCUGUUUGUCAACCUGACGGUCAGCGACAUCAUUGGAAGUACUCAUAUUUUACCCCGUUUGCUGUCAGACAUCUUGCUGCCUCCGUCUGAACGUCUCAUCAGUUAUUAUGAAUGCGUGGUUCAGGCUUUCAUUACACACAUGUUUGGCACCACUUCCCACACGGUGCUCAUGGCCAUGGCCUUCGACAGAUACGUGGCCAUCUGCCGCCCCCUGUUCUACAGCACAGUGAUGACCAGCAGGAUGGUAGUAAAGCUGAUAGCGCUGUCCUGGGGCGUGCCGAUGGUGCUGGUUGGGAUUCUGCUGGGUCUGACUGUGAGGCUCAACCGAUGCAGGACCCUCAUCGCCAACCCUUUCUGUGACAACGCCUCGCUUUUCAAGCUGUCCUGCGAGAGUGUGGUCAUUAAUAAUGUCUAUGGUCUGACAUUCACUGUGCUGCUGUAUGUAGCGUCUAUUGGCUGCAUCGUUCUCACCUAUGGGAGCAUCACAGCCGUCUGUCUGGCCACCAAGAACAAAUCUUUGAACAGUAAAGCAUUUAAGACUUGCAGCACACAUCUGGUGGUUUAUCUUAUUAUGUCUCUCAGUGGCUUUACGAUUAUUGUUCUCCAUCGGUAUCCCCAAUAUUCAGACUACAGAAAACUCUCAGCCAUCUUGUUCGUCCUUGUCCCAGGCAGCCUCAACCCCAUCAUUUAUGGUUUACAGUCCCAGGAGAUACGGCACUUUUUAUAUGAGCUUUUUAUUUGUAGAAAAUGUUUCCCGUCACGUGAAAGUAAAUCUUUGAUUAAAGCUGUUCAAAAAGGUUGA